AUGAUCGACUUUUUGAACAACCGCAGACCGAGAGUGAAAGUUGAUGGUGUCACAACUGAAUUUCUAGACAUUAAUCGUGGCGUACCCCAGGGUACUGUGCUUGGGCCUAUAGUGUUUACUAUAAUGGUCAAUGAUAUCAAGGCGGUGAGUCUCUCCAAUGAUUUAUCCAAAUUUGCUGAUGAUAUUGCAAUAAAAGCACCAGUUUAUGAUUACGAAGAUUCAGCUGGGUAUGAAGUAGAAAAUAUGAAGCUAUGGUCAAACGAGAAUAGAAUGUCUUUAAACAUGGAGAAAACCUAUGAAAUGAUAGUUCGCGGAAAACUGUCUACUCCCCUUCCGGAUCAUAUCCCAUCCAUAAAACGGAAAGAAUGGCUCAAAUUAUUGGGUGUCACGACGGAAGACAUACCUGGUAAAUGGGAUAAACAUUUCGAAGAGAUGAUAAAAAAAGCUAGUAGAAGAAUGUAUAUUCUAAGGGUUUGUAAACACUACGGGCUCUCUACACAUCAAUUGGAUCUUCUCUUCAAUUGUCUUAUAGUCUCCCUUUUCACCUUUGCAGUCGAAGUCUGGGGUGGAGCAUCGUACAACAAAUACGUAAGUCAAAUUGAUAAGUUUGUCAAUCGUGCCUAUAGAAAUGGUUAUACAAGCAACAGAUCAGAUUUUAAAGCAACAAUAUCGAACAGAGACAAGAAAUUGUGA